AUGCUGUUUACGGACAUGUCAAGUGAAGAUACUAGUGAUUUGAUUUCAGGGUAUGGAGGUUCUUUUCAAGAGCUGAAACAGAUGAGACAUUUCUUGGGCAAGCUCCAAUGUCUUCAAACUGUGAAAGUUGGUGUUGCUGCAUCAGACAACAACAAGUUCUUGCGUGCUAAACUGCUGGCUCUCCCCAGACUCUCAUCAAAUGCUGCAAAGGCAACAGCAGUGGCUUCUGGUUUGAUAUGUGGAGUGAAGAUUCAGGAGACAGGUUUUGAGCAGAAACUCUCCCUUCGUUGA